AUGAUGGAAUAUGAUGAAACAAACAAAAUGGUUGACCCCAGUCGAAAUGAAAGUGACUGGGAUGUUACAGAACCCAUACAAUUUGUAGAUGUUAAUAGCAGUAAUAUUUUUGAUCUCGAUAUAACCACGUUAGAUGUGAGGAAAGUAAACAAUCAUAUGAACCUACGUGAUAUGUGCAAGCUGUAUUAUUAUUUAAAUAAAAAUUCAUUUUGCUACACGUCAGAAGAGAAACCUUAUAUUUCCAACAUCUUGUAUUUGAAAUCCUUUUUUUCAUCAAAUGAUGUUGAAAAUUAUGAAGUCCUUGAAAAGUUAAAACAACAUGAUGAGAGGGAGAAUUCAGAGAAGAGAAAAUUCAACCUUGACCGUGUUGUUGCGCAUAACAAACUGGAAGAGAAAAAAAAUGCAGCAAAGUUGGAGAGGAAAAAGCGUCCACAAAAAAUGGAAGGAGAUGAUAAAAAAUACGAUGAUGAAAUACUGACUAAUGCUGGUGAUGAUGAUUCCAGCGGCGCCGAUUCUAGUCAGGUUAAUUCAUGCCACAAUGACACGGGUAAUGAUGAAACUGGUAAUGAUGACACUGCUAAUGAUGAAACUGCUAAUGAUGACACUGGUAAUGACGUAGUGCCGAGGGAAAAACAUAAAAAAAGGCAAAAUUUGUGCGGUUCCUUUUCAUCUGGAAAUUCUUGUGACUCAUCCUGCGAAUCCAUUUCCUCAACAAGUUCAUACUCAACAUGCUCAUCUUCUUCUUCGUCCUCCUCUGCAUUUUCAUCGAACAUUUCAGAGAAAAGUAAAAAAAAAAACAGUAUGAGCAAUUUAAAAAUUCUUGAUAUAAUUAAUAAAUAUAACGAAAACGUGGAAAAAAUGGAAACUAAAAAAAUAAAAAAAAUUAAAAGUCGUAUAGGAAAAUUAAAAAAAUAUGAUACUGUUUGUGUGAAAGCAAAUAACAAUAUUAUUAUGAAAUCUCAAAUUUACAAGUUUGUAAAAAAAGACAAAAACAUAAAUAUUAUAGGACAGUUAAUAUAUAGCAGCAAUGAGUGUAAGAAAUUUUUAUACAACAAUUUGGAACACAAUUUAAACAGGUGGCAUGUAUUGCCUUGUUUGGGUUGCUUCAGUAAAAUUAGUGAACCAAGUGUUGUAAACAAAAUUCAAAUUUAUAAUUUUUACGAAUUUGUUUAUUUAUUUAAUGAUUUCCCAUUAUGUUUUAAGCACAAUAAGAGGCUUAAUAUUGCUAAAUUUGAAAAGCGUUCUAAUCAAUCUAAUUCUCAUAAUAGGACGAAAUGCAGUUUUGUGCCUUCUUUAAGUAAUACAGGUGAUAAUUUCGUGGAAGAGGACACAGCAAGCCGUUUGAAAAAUUCCGUGGGAAUGAGUAAUCCAGAUGGGGAAGAAACUCUCGAGGAGAAAAAUGGAGAAACCCAGACAAAACAUUACAAGUAUUCGGGAGAUAGGCACGUUAUUGUAAAUUGCCAAUCUGAUGAACGUGUACUGUGCAAGACCUCAGUUGAGUGCAUUUCAUCAGACGAGGUGGACAGCAGUAUCUGCUCAUGUGAAUAUGAUGAAGAUAUUAUACUGAACUAUAUGGAGAAAGAUGAAAUAAAAAGAGGGAAAAAGGACGGAUGUUGCAGCUUUAGAGUAUUUUAUUACGAUAGCUUCUUGUACAAAAAUAUCAAAAUUGUUCCUGAAGUAGCAAAAAAUUGCAUUAUUAUAAACAGGAGGAGUGAUGAAGAUUUUAAUUUUUUAGCAAAUUGUAAUAUGUAUGAGAAAAUAAGAGAUAGAUACAAUGUAUUUUAUGACAAAAAUAGCAAUUAUGUGUUAACAUACAAGAAUUUUGAAUAUUUGUAUUUUUUCUGCUUUAAUUGUAGAAUGUAUUAUGAUAUUAACAUAAUGUUGUGUGAAAUUAUGUUCAAUUAUAUGAACAGUAAUAAAAAUACCGACCUCAUUUGCAAGGUGAAUAAAAUGUAUGGGUUUUUACAAAAAUAUAAAAAAUCGUAUGAUAUAAAAAUAAAAAGACAAAAAGUAAAGCAAACAGAUAUAUAUUUUAUCUGCAUUAAUUGUAUUUAUAAUAAUGUGCAUAAUAUAAAUAAUCACCUUAGUUAUUUUUCCUACUUUUGUGAUUUAGUAAAUGUUUACAAUCAUAAUUUUUUUAUAUAUAAUGAGUACGUCAAAAGUAUCCUAAACUUUGACCUUCCUUUUUUUUCCUUAUACAAUACAACAAAGGAAAAAGCUUUAUUAACCGUUCAGAAAAAAAAAAUGUCAUUUGAUGAAAAAACGAAAAAUUUACCUGCACCUGCAAGGAAUAAUAAUAAAAAAAAUAAAAAAAAAAAAAAAAAUCCCCUCAUGUGUGCAAAUGGGAAAAAAAAAAGUAAUAAUAAAAAUGGAGAUAUAUGCGGAAUUCCGCAGGGUACAGGAAAUCAUAAUAACAGUAGCAACAGUGACAAUUCAGCAGUUCCUGAAAAUGAAAAGGUCUCAUUCACUUGUGAUGAUAGCACCCUCCAAAUGACACAAACUGAGGCAGAAGAUAAAAAGAAAAAAUUGCACACAAUGAUAUCUAGUGAUGAAGAGAAAAAAGAAAAAAAAAAAAAAAAAAAAAAAAAAAAAAAGAAUGAAGUGGAGAAAAGAAAAAAAAAAAAAAAAAAAAAAAAAAAAAAAAAAAAAAAAAACGAGGAAGGGGGGGGGGGAGAACUGGCCCAAAUAGGAGAAGCAAACGCGAACCAGAUGGGACAAAUUCGAGAAAGUGAAGAUGGCCGCGCAGUCCUUGUCAAAAGCGAAAUAAAAAAAGGAUCUGUGUGUGAGAAGGAAACUAAGGGCACAACUAAAAAUUGUCAAGCAGUUGCAGAUGGAACUGCAAAUGGAACAGCAAAUGGAACAGCAGAUGGAACAGCAGAUGGAACAGCAGAUGGAACAGCAGAUGGAACAAUUGCGGGAGGAAGAGGAAAAAGUUUGAGCACCGGCGAGGAAGGAAGGACCAGCACGAAAAGACGUAGUGAUAGAAAGAGGAAGAAAAAAAAAGAAGACGAUGAUGAACUGUUUGAUGAGGGAUGUAUAUCGAAUGAAAGCGAAGAUGAAAACACAUAUGAAGAUCCAAGAGGAUACACGGAUGAAGACAUUGUUGAGGAAAAUCAAAUAUUGAACGAAGAGGUGUAUAGUGGAGAUUCUGAGUUUUGUAAUGAAGAGUAUGCGUCACAUCGAAAGAAAAAAAGAAGAAAAGGAAAAAAGGGGAAAUUACAGAAAAGGGAAAAUUUGAAAGGGCAGAAAGGAUUUGUAAAGGAAAAAAAUAUCACAGUUGUUGAUAACGGAAAUAUGACUCGCACUACUAUUAACAAUAGUAAUGGCAGAGGAGUUGUUCCUCAUAACAAGGUGCAGGGAGAAAAAAAAGAUGAAGAGUACAAAAAGCUAGUAGAUUAUUUGGAUGGUGCAUGUAACGCAGAGGAUGGGGAAGAUAGAAAUAUAAGCAAAUACACAAAAGUAAUUGACAAAAUUAAACAUGCAUUAGAUAAAGAAAAUACAAGUGUCGACACAAAAACUAUGAGUAAACAAAUAGUAGAAAAAGUUAUAGAAACGUAUAACAACAAAAUGGAAAUAAAAAUGAAAUUAUUUUCAAUAUGUAGUAAUUUAUUGAGAAAAGACAAUUCAGAAUUAAGAAAAAAAAUAUUGAACGGGACAAUAAAUUGUAGCGAUUUAGCGCGUAUGGAUUCUUCGGAUUUAGCCCCAAUUAGUCUACAAAACAAAAGAAAGGAGCAUGAAAGAAAAUAUUUUUAUGAAAAUAUCUACUUGCGUGAAACUUUUGUAAAUCUCAAAAAUAAUAGAAAUCUUGAGGAAGAAGUGUACCAACCGAGUAUUAUAUAUGAAGAAAAAAUAGAACCGAAGAAUGAACAUAGCAAUGAAAAAAAAGAUCAAGGUUUCAUAAAUGUCAGUGAAAAUAAUAAAAAACUGUCUUUGGAAAAUUAUAACAAUGAUUUAGGAGCUUUAAAAAAUAAGGAAAGUUAUGAUAAGAAAAAUGUGGAUGAUAGUAAUAAGAUAAACUUGAGUGAUCAGAAAAAUAGAAAAAAAAAAGGUUCAUCUGGAAAUGAAGACCAUGAUCAUAAUGGUUGUACAAUACCCUCAAUUGAUAAAUACUCCUUUGAAUUUACGUACAAAAAUUUGAAGUCUGUGUAUGAUAAUAUGCCAAAGUAUGCCUCUUCCCCCAUAUUGACAUUUCUAGACAAUUCUUAUAAUAGAAUCCUUACCAUCAUAGAUGCAAACAAGAAUGAACAAUUUUGA